AUGUUGUGGGUACUGGAGCUCCUUCAGCUGCUGCUUUUGCUGGAACUGGGACUGAUAAGUAGAGGCACAGAAAUGUGCCCUUCAUCCCUCUGUGACUGCUCUGAUUGGAGCCGCUUCAAAAUCACUUGCACAGAGAUAUAUUUCAUCCCCAACCUCCCACUGAGCACCGAGACUUUGAGGUUUAUGGAAACCCAUUUGAGAAUAAUUCCUAGGGAGGCAUUCUCCAAUCUCCCCAACAUCUCCAGGAUCUAUAUCACCAUAGAUGCAGUGCUGCAGAUGCUGGAGGCUCAUUCUUUCAACAAUUUAAACAAAGUCACUCAUAUAGAAAUCCGAAAUGCUAGAAACUUAAGAUAUAUAGAUCCUGAAGCCUUUGUGAAUCUCCCACUGCUGAAAUACCUUGUGAUCAUGAACACUGGCCUCAAAGUUUUUCCUGACCUCACGAAAAUCAACUCAGCAGAUAUGAACUUUUUGCUUGAAAUUGCGGAUAAUCCAUACAUGACAUCGGUGCCUGCGAAUGCAUUCCAUGGGCUGUGCAAUGAAUCCCUUUUCCUAAAACUCUACAAUAAUGGUUUCACAAAGAUAGAAGCCCGUGCAUUCAAUGGAACAAAGUUAGAUUCAGUGUACCUGCAUAAGAACAAAUAUCUAAGAGUUAUUGAUGAAGAUGCUUUUUUGGGUGUGCAGAGUGGUCCAAGCCUACUUGAUGUGUCCCAGACAAGUAUUGCUACUCUUCCAGCAAGAGGACUGGAAAACCUUAAAGAACUGAUGGCUCAAAAUACCUGGACCCUAAAGAAAUUCCCCCCUGUACAGAGUUUUCCUUAUCUAACUCAUGCUACUCUGUCAUACCAAAGUCACUGUUGUGCUUUCAAGAACUGGAAGAAAGCCAAGGGACUCCUGGAGUCCUUGCUUUGCAACCAAACUAAUGCUCACAACUUCCGGAAGAAAAGGUCUGCAGCUGCUUUCAGGGGGCCCUUUUACCAAGAUUAUGCAGAAGACUAUUCAGACCGCACUGAGACUGUGUAUGACGAGAGCUCCAAAUUUAGAGAGGUUCAUGGAAAUUCUCAUUACUUUGUCUUUUUUGAAGAGCAUGACAAUAAAGAGGUUGGGUUUGGCCAAGAGCUCAAGAACCCUCAACAGGAGAACAUCCCAACAUUUGACAGCCAUUAUGACUACAUUAUCUGUGCAGGUACCGAUGAUAUUAGUUGUACCCCGGGACCUGACGAGUUCAACCCCUGUGAAGACAUAAUGGGCUACAAGUUUCUACGGAUUGUGGUAUGGUUUGUGAAUUUGCUGGCCAUUCUGGGCAAUGCUUUUGUUCUCUUUAUUCUUCUCACCAGCCAUUACAAGUUGACCGUCCCACGAUUCCUGAUGUGUAACUUGGCCUUUGCUGAUUUUUGUAUGGGUUUAUACCUUCUCCUGAUUGCUUCAGUCGAUCUCUACACUAGAUCAGAAUACUACAACCAUGCUAUUGAUUGGCAGACCGGGCCUGGUUGUAGCACAGCUGGCUUUUUCACUGUCUUUGCUAGCGAGUUAUCUGUCUUCACCUUGACUGCAGUCACUCUGGAGCGUUGGUAUGCCAUCACCUUUGCCAUGCGCUUGGACAAGAAAAUCCGUCUCUUGCAUGCUUCUGUUAUUAUGCUGGGUGGUUGGUUGCUGUGUUUCCUUCUUGCCCUUUUACCAUUGGUUGGAGUCAGCAGCUAUGGAAAAGUGAGCAUCUGUCUCCCCAUGGAUACUGAAACACCCUUGGAUCAAGCCUACAUUAUAAUUGUUUUAAUGUUGAAUAUCAUCGCUUUCAUUAUCAUUUGUGCAUGUUACAUAAAAAUCUUUAUUACUGUGCGGAACCCCCAGUACAAGUCAGGGGACAAAGACACCAUCAUUGCCAAAAGGAUGGCUGUGCUGAUUUUUACUGACUUCUUAUGCAUGGCACCAAUCUCAUUCUAUGCCUUAUCUGCUAUUAUGAACAAACCUUUGAUAACAGUCAGUAACUCAAAAAUCCUGCUGGUCCUGUUCUACCCACUCAACUCUUGUGCUAACCCAUUCCUUUAUGCUAUCUUUACCAAAGCUUUCCGAAGGGAUGUCUUCAUCUUGCUCAGCAAGUUUGGAUUAUGUGAGCAUCAAGCUCAAGUCUACAGGGGCCAAACAGUCUCCCCCAAGAACAGCAGUGGCUCUUACAGCCAGAAAGGAAACAGAGGGAACAGUCAGAAUCUUGCACACCUUCAAAAGCAUCCUCAUGGCUCACCUGGAGACUACCAUCCUGCCAUGCUGCUGCAUACUCAAAGGACCAUGGAAAAUAGUAAGCUGACUGUGCUUAAUCUGGAUGCAUAACUGUCAGACCAGUAAGAGACUAAUUUAAACAUCUCUUCAGUAUGAUGUGACAAGGACACCGUUUCAUCUUUUUGAGAUGUAUUUUGAAAUCUCAUGAGCCAUUUGACUCAGUCUCUUAACCUUUCACUACUGUCAGUGCCACAAUACCG